GAAGAUCGGUGCAUGUUUUUCACUGAAAUUUCAGAGAGCUCCACUGAUUCAAAAGAAAAGAUGUGCAAGAGGAAAGCCACAGGUGAUGGAAAAGCAUCACCAGCAAAGAAACUGAAGAGCCUGGACCAGGAGGAGAUCAAAUGCAGCGCCAAAGAAUUAGAGGCUGCAAAAAUCUGUGAAUUUAAAGCCAAAUAUGUGGAGCUGCACAAGCUUGGAAAAGGAGGGUGUGGAACAGUGUUUGCCGGCUACAGGAAAGAAGAUAAUUUUCCAGUCGCUAUCAAACACAUUCCAGAGAUGAAUGUCCCCUGCAAAGUAAAGGCUGAGAACGGGAAGCAAAUCCCCAUGGAAGUGGCUGCUAUGCUCAAACUUGCAGCUGGAACACCAGGAUCAUCAGCCACCGUGUCCUUGCUGGACUGGUUCGAUUUGCCCAAGGAGCUGAUCCUGGUGAUGGAGAGACCUGUCCCUGCUGUGAACUUAGAGCAAUACAUAGAGGAAUAUGCAUAUACUAUAACAGAGGAGACAGCCAAGGUCAUUCUGAAACAACUGAUUGAGGCGGCAAAAGAGCUCGAGGAUAAAAACAUCUUUCACCGGGACCUCAAGACUGAGAACAUUCUGAUUGAGACCGGCUCCGAUGUGCCUCGUGUUCGCCUCAUUGACUUUGGAGUGAGCUGCUUUUGUAAUGAACGCUCACGGUACACCGUUUUUUCUGGCACACCUGCUUACUCCCCUCCAGAGUGGAUGAUCCACGAGUACUAUAGGCCUGGACCCACCACAGUGUGGCAGCUGGGAACGGUGUUGUAUAAAACACUCCAUGCAGGAGCCUUCUUUGAUACACUAUAUGUCCUUGAAGGGAGCUUAGAAAUUAGCGAGAGGCUGUCUGAAAACUGCCAGGAUUUCUUGAAAAUGUGUUUCAACCUGGACCCCAAAAGACGCCCGAAACUGAAGGACCUCCUGCGUCAUCGAUGGUUCAGAUGAACUGUCUCACACACACACUCACACACAA